GCGUGGCACGUACGCAAACAAACACCGCAUCGGAUGGAGCGGAGAGAAACCAAAUCAGCGACACGAGUCCGCAGGUGCUCCUCAUCUUCGCCUUCUACGCGUGGAUGUUCCGCUCCGGCAAGGUGCGGCCGCUUCCUCCUCCUCCGUCGCCGCCACGCCGCUCCGGCUCAGCCUCAUCGGAGGACCGCCUCCGGGACCUCGGGGUCGCCGGCAUCUUCCGCGAGAUCCUCCGCGUCGUCCUCGCCCGGCCCCCGCGCUUCGUCGGCACCGUCGUCACCCUGGCCCUCCACGUCUCCGCGCUCUCGCUCGCGCACGCCACCCUCCUCGCCCGCCUGGACGACGCCUGGGGCUCCCGCUGGGGCGACUUCCUCCUCCUCGCCCUCCUCCAGGCCGCCUGCCUCUGCGUCCUCAUCGUCCUCUCGUGCUCCACCGCCGCCUCCUUCGCCAUCUCCGUCGCGUCCUUCUACUGCUGCGCCCACGACGACGACCGCGCCCGCGAGGCCCUCGUGGAGCGCCUGAUCGAGGAGGCCCGGUGCAGGCGCCUCGCGGAGAACGUCUUCGACGCGCUCGUCAUCGUCCUGCUCUACACCGGCGCCGCCGGGGCCGCCAUGCUCGCGCUCCAGUGGGUCUGGCUCGCCGCCGCGCCGGGAGCCCGCGCGCUGGACUUCAGCCACGCCCGCGACUGGUUCCUCGCCGGGCUGCUCUACAUGGGCGCCGACUACCAGCUGGCCGCGGUUGUGUCGGUGCUGGAGCCCGACGAGCGCGCCAGGAGGUGCUUCAGCAGGAGCAGCGCGCUCCUCGCCGGCAACUUCUGCCCCGCGGCCGGCGUCUUCGCCUUCCUCGUCCACUGCUUCGAGUCCGUGCACGCCGUGUUUGGGUCGCUGGUCCUCGACGGCAGGAUGGGUCUCGGCUUCGGCUUCCAGGUGGCCGCGACGCUCGCGAUGGUGGCGGCCCUGUGCGCGGUGCUCGUAGCGGCCCUGGUGGCGCAUCCUGUGAUUUACUUCGUGUGCAAGGCUUACCACAACGACGCCGUCGACCUCGGGCUAGGAGAGCACGACCCAGCCGACAACAGCAAUGGCGUUCACUAGGAUACCAUCAUAUCUACCCAGUAAAACAAGAUCUGUCAGCCCAGUGCUUAACAUCGAUUUAUACCUGUGUUUGUGUGUGAGAAACUAGUGAACUGAUUAACUGAAAUUUGGUGAGGUUAUUCAGCUAAUUUAUUGGCGUCAGCCUCAAGUCCACAACAAUGGGAGAUCGAGAUUUUUAUAGUUUGUUACCGCGAUUUGUAUGCUGGAUCAGAAAAGAUAAUGCAGAAUUAUAUCAAUAGGUUUUUUUUA